UCGAGGUUUGGCUCGGGCGGGGACGACAAUCAAGUGAAGCGCAGGGACGGCGGGCGGUGCGGGCGGGCGAGAGCGGCCUUUGUCUCCUCCCGCGAGCUUGGUGGUGCCACUCCGGUCCCCAUGAGCCCGCUGCCCCCCGGCGCCCGGGCGUCCUGCAGCCCCUGACCUGCCCUGUCCUCGCCAUGGCCGAGGCAGCCUCGGGCGCCGGGGGCGCGACCCUGGAGGGGGAGCGAGGGAAGAGGCCCCCGCCGGAGGGCGAGCCUGCAGCGCCUGCGUCUGGAGUCCUGGAUAAACUAUUUGGAAAGAGGCUCCUGCAGGCUGGCCGCUACCUGGUAUCCCACAAGGCAUGGAUGAAGACGGUACCCACCGAGGACUGUGACGUGCUCAUGACCUUCCCAGACACCACCGAUGACCACACGCUGCUAUGGCUGCUGAAUCACAUCCGAGUGGGCAUCCCCGAGCUGAUCGUGCAAGUCCGCCACCACCGCCACACGCGUGCCUAUGCCUUCUUUGUCACAGCCACAUAUGAGAGCUUGCUCCGGGGAGCCGAUGAGCUGGGUCUGCGAAAGGCAGUGAAGGCCGAGUUUGGCGGGGGCACCCGCAGCUUCUCCUGCGAAGAGGACUUCAUCUACGAGAAUGUGGAGAGCGAGCUGCGCUUUUUUACGUCGCAGGAGCGACAGAGCAUCAUCCGCUUCUGGUUGCAGAACCUACGGGCCAAGCAGGGGGAGGCGCUGCACAACGUGCGCUUCUUGGAGGACCAGCCAAUCAUCCCGGAGCUGGCUGCCCGAGGCAUCAUACAGCAGGUGUUUCCGGUCCACGAGCAGCGCAUUCUGAAUCGUCUCAUGAAGUCCUGGGUGCAGGCCGUGUGUGAAAACCAGCCUUUAGAUGACAUUUGUGACUACUUUGGGGUGAAGAUCGCCAUGUAUUUUGCAUGGCUGGGCUUCUACACGUCGGCAAUGGUUUACCCUGCUGUCUUUGGCUCUGUUUUGUAUACAUUUACUGAAGCCGAUCAGACAAGCCGGGAUGUUUCCUGUGUUGUCUUCGCUCUCUUCAACGUGAUCUGGUCGACACUGUUCUUGGAGGAGUGGAAACGGAGGGGUGCAGAGUUAGCCUACAAGUGGGGGACAUUAGAUUCACCCGGGGAAGCUGUGGAGGAGCCACGACCCCAGUUCAGGGGUGUCCGACGCAUCAGCCCCAUCACUCGGGCUGAGGAGUUCUACUACCCGCCCUGGAAGCGACUGCUCUUCCAGCUGCUCGUCAGCCUGCCUCUGUGCCUGGCCUGCCUUGUCUGUGUCUUUGUGCUCAUGCUUGGCUGCUUCCAGUUGCAGGAGCUGGUCCUGAGCGUGAAGGGACUACCCCGCCUGGUUCGCUUCCUGCCCAAGGUCAUGCUGGCCCUGCUGGUCAGUGUGAGUGCUGAGGGCUACAAGAAGUUGGCUGUGUGGCUCAAUGACAUGGAGAACUACCGGCUAGAGAGCGCCUACGAGAGGCACCUUAUCAUCAAAGUCGUCUUGUUCCAGUUUGUCAACUCGUACUUGAGUCUGUUCUACAUCGGCUUCUACCUCAAAGACAUGGACCGCCUGAAAGAGGUGAGGGCCUGCCCAGCACCCCAGACGCAGCACUCUGACCUCCUGGGGACGGGCCCGUGUAAGGGGUCCAGGGCUCUCCAGCCCCUCCCUCCCCUCCUCCAUCCUUCUCUCCUUUUUGUCCGUCUGUCCGUGCGUCCUCUCUCUUCCCGUCGUUCCCCUCUCCCAUCUGUCCGUCCACCUGUCCCGUUGGUCCCUCCACAGCUCCUGCUACUCCUGUCCCUGACCCAGAGCCUCGAGCGGCAGCUGCGGGAGGCACUGGUCCCGCUCGUGGCCCUGCGGUUCCGCCUGCUCCUCCUGUCCCUCCGGGGUUUCCUGCUCGUGGCCCGGGCCAAAAUGCUGGCCACUCUGCUCAUCACCCGGCAGCUGCUGCAGAAUGUGCGCGAGGUGCUGCAGCCGCACCUGUAUCGCAGGCUGGGCCGCGGGGAGCUGGGUCUGCGCGCCAUCAGGGAACUGGCCCGGGUCCUGCUGGGCCUGCUGAACCCCUUGCGCCCGGACCCCCGAGGGCACCUGGAGGCCCAGGCUGAUGAGGGAGGAGCAGGGAGCCACAGGUGUUUGGGUGGAGGCUGCGGGGCGCCGGAGGAAGAGGAAGAGACAGCGGUGGAGCGGAGGCCGGCAGGGGAAGGCGGAGAGGUCCCAGAUGGGCCUCGGGGUGGCAAGGAGGAGGAGGAGGAGGAGGAAGACCAGGAGGACGAGGAGGACGAGGAGGACGAGGGCGAGGAAGGCGGCCUCCUGGACUGCGGGCUGCGCCUUAAGAAGGUCAGCUUUGCGGAGCGGGGCGCUGGGCGACGCAGGCCAGGCCCAGGUCCUGACGGCCUCCUGGAAGAGGGGAGCCCCACCAUGGUGGAGAAAGGGCUGGAGCCUGGCGUGUUUACUCUGGCCGAGGAAGACGAUGAGCCAGAGGGGCCUCCCGGCAGCCCUGGGCCAGAGCCCCCCACCAUCUUGCUCCGUCGCGCGAGCGGCGAGGGCCGCGACCAGGGUCCUGAUGGAGGUGGAGACUCAGAGACCAGCUCCGGGGACACGGCUGGGAGACAGAGGAGGAGCAACAGGUCCUCAUGGAUCGACCCACCAGAGGAGGAGCAUUCGCCACAGCUCACGCAGGCAGAGCUGGAGAGCUGCAUGAAGAAGUAUGAGGACACAUUCCAGGACUACCAGGAGAUGUUUGUGCAGUUCGGCUACGUAGUGUUCUUCUCUUCCGCCUUCCCCCUGGCCGCCCUGUGCGCCCUCGUCAACAACCUGAUUGAGAUCCGAAGCGAUGCCUUCAAACUAUGCAGCGGCCUACAGCGGCCCUUUGGACAGCGAGUGGAGAGCAUUGGCCAAUGGCAGAAGGUCAUGGAGGCCAUGGGCGUGCUGGCAAUCGUGGUGAACUGCUACCUCAUUGGCCAGUGUGGCCAGCUGCAGCGCCUGUUUCCCUGGCUGAGCCCAGAGGCGGCCAUCGUGUCUGUGGUGGUGCUAGAGCACUUGGCUCUGCUGGUCAAGUACCUCAUCCACGCAACCAUCCCUGACAUCCCUGGCUGGGUGGCUGAAGAGAUGGCCAAACUGGAGUACCAGCGACGAGAAGCCUUCAAGCGGCACGAGCGGCAGGCGCAGCAGCGCUUCCAGCAGCAGCAGCGGCGACGGCGCGAGGAGGAGGAGCGGCAGCGGCACGCGGAGCAGCAGGCGCGGCGGGAGCGCGACGCGGGCGGCCGCGAGGAGGCGCGCGCGGAGGCCCCGGGUCCCGACCCCGCGGCGGAGCGCGGCGCGGCCAAGGCCAAGGGCGGCGAGCGGCCCCGACGGCCCGGAGCGCUGCUGCCGCCCGGCCCGGUGCUGCGGCUGAAGCAGAUAAUCCCGCUGCAGGCCCGGCCGCCCGCGCCCGCCGGGUGCGCGCCCCCGCCGCGCUCGCCCGCGGAUACGCGCCUGCCCGCCUUCCUCAGCCUGCGCUUCCUCAAGGCGCCCGAGCGCGGCCCGUCCCCGCCGCGGCCCGGAAAGCUCUUCGCCUUCGCGGCGCGCGAGCCCGCGGCCAACGGGGCUCCCGGGGGCGGCGGGCGCGCGCACAGGAGCGCCGGGGACGAGCCCGCGGCCGCCGAGCCGGAGUCGCGGCCCGAGGACGCAGGGCUCGCCUCGCCGCCCGCUGGCUGCUGGCGCUGGGACGCGCCCUGGGGCUGCGGCGGCGACAACCCGCCCCGCGUCCCGGGUCCCGUGGAAGCCCCCGUGCGCCCCGCGCAGCCCGCCUGCUGGCCCGCAGCCCGCCACUAGCCCCGCCGCGCCCCUGCCGUUUCGUCGACCAGGAUGGGGGCCACGAGCGGAACCCCACAGAACAGAAAAGUACACAGGAUGGGCGGUUAUUUAUUUGUUUUUAAUUUAUUUUGUCAUAUUUUUGUAAAACGGCAGAAAUGCAAUAAAAAGUUUAUUUCAACAGU